AUGGCCCCCAAAAACAAAGCCCAGAAGAUGUCUAUGAGCACCUUCUUGGCUGAUGAAAGCCUUGGCUCUUGGGCUGAUGAGAUGGAGGAUAUGCCCCUUCCUUCCACCGUCGCCCCGCAGGUGAUUUGGCAUUCGGCUCCGGCUCCACUGGCGGUUUCGAGCGCGAGCGUGGUGGAUAUGCCGUCCGGGAGCCUCUUGAUCUCCCCCACCCAGCCCCCUUACACUUGCCAUAUUGGCAACCUUUCCUUCGAAUCAACUGACGCCGAUAUCUCCGAGUUUUUCGCUGGAUGUGGUGUGACGAGCGUCCGUCUCGUAGAAGACAAGUUGACAAAGGCCCCCAAGGGUUUCGGAUAUGUCGAGUUCGAGACCGUCGAGGGUCUGCAGAAGGCUCUGGAUCUCUCUGGCUCGUCUUUCCAGGGACGUUCCAUCCGUACCAGUGUUGCGGAGCCUCCCAAGGAAUCUCGCCUGGAAGGCAAGGAUCUUGACUGGUCCCGACGUGGCCCUCUCCCCGAACUUCCCCAACGCCGUGCGCCUGAGCGCUCCAGCUUCGGACGCGGCAUGGAUGCCGGUUCUGAUGCGGGCAGUGACCGCGGUGGCCGCCGCAGCAACUUCGAGUCCGACGGAAAGCCCCGUGACUUCAACAACUGGGAGCGCAAGGGACCCCUUUCGCCCUCUGCCGGUGGCCCGCCUCGCGAGGGUGGCCGAGAGCACAGCAAUGAUGGACCCGGUUCCAGCUUCCGCAGAACCGAGGCUGCAUGGGGUGAGGGACGUUCCCAGGACGAGGGCUCGCGCCCUCCCCGCCCCGAGCACGUUCGCCCGGAGCCUACACCUACCGCUGCCGACAUGGACAACCAGUGGCGCGCCAGAAUGCGCCCCGACGAAACUCCUAAGGAGCCCAUCAGCCCCGCAUCCCCCUCUGCCACUCCUGCCAGAACCCCACCCCCCACCUCAGCCAGCAGCGACUCCAAGGCCAGCCCCUUCGGUGCCGCCCGACCCAUUGACACUGCUACCCGCGAGCGUCAGGUUGAGGAGAGACGCCAGCUUGCCAUUCGCCAAAAGCAGGAAGCUGCCGAUAAGGCCAAGGCCGAGAAGGCCGAAAAGUUCGCCGAGAAGCAAAAGCAGCUCAAGGAGUCAGCCCCUGCCGUGGACCACAACGGCAAGGAUGCCCUGGAGACCCCCAAGGGUGGUGGCAACUUUGAGAUCCUCCAACGGGCCGGUGAGGAUGGCGAGUUGACCGCUGACCAGGAGACCGAGGAGACGACAGCUGCCGCUCCUGUCGAAGCCAAGAAGGCGCCUGCUAACGGCUGGAGGGCCCCGGCCCCGGCCCCUGAGGCUGGUGCUGGUGCUGGUGCUGGCGGUGAAGAGGAGGGAUGGAGCACGGUCAGUGUGAACAAGCGCAACAACCGCCGUGGACAGACUGGUCGUGGAUUCGCAUAA